CGGUCACGUGACUCGGGUCCUACGGCAGGGGGCGCGGUCAGGGUCCGCAGGACUAGGCAGACACCGGAGGCCCGAGGGGCGUUCGGGUGGCUGCCAGGCCGGGACCUCAGGCCCUCUGGACGGCGAGAGAAACGGAGGCCCGCGUGGGCCGCGGGCAGCCAUGAAGGUGCUGCUGCUUGCCGGGCUCGGGGCCCUGUUCUUCUCUUAUUAUUGGGAUGACAACUUCGACCCGGCCAGCCUCCAGGGAGCUCGUGUGCUGCUGACAGGCGCCAGCGCAGGUGUGGGCGAGGAGCUGGCGUACCACUACGCUCGCCUGGGCUCCCGGCUGGUGCUCACCGCACACUCCGAGGCCCUCCUGCAGAAGGUGGUAGGGAACUGCCGGAAGCUCGGCGCCUCCACGGUCUUCUACGUCGCCGCGGACAUGGCCUCCCCUGAGGCACCCGAGCGCGUGGUGCAGUUUGCGCUGGACAAGCUGGGUGGGCUGGACUACCUCGUGCUGAACCACAUCGGCAGCGCCCGGGCCGGAACGCGGGCACGCAGCGCCCAGGGGACACGCUGGCUCGUGCAGGUUAACUUCCUCAGUUACGUGCAACUGACUUCUCUGGCGCUGCCCAGCCUCACGGACAGCAAAGGCUCCCUAGUGGUGGUGUCUUCCCUGCUCGGCCGCGUGCCCGCCUCCUUCUCCACCCCUUACUCGGCGGCCAAGUUCGCGCUGGAUGGCUUCUUCGGCUCCCUGCGGCGGGAGCUGGACGUGCAGGACGUGGACGUGGCCAUCACCGUGUGCGUCCUGGGCCUCCGAGACCGCGCCUCCGCCGCCGAGGGGGUCAGGGGUGUCACGAGGGCCAAGGCGGCCCCGGGGCCCAGGGCAGCCCUGGCGGUGAUCCGCGGCGGCGCCACGCGCGCCUCUGGUGUCUUCUACCCGUGGCGCCUGCACCUGCUCUGCCUGCUGCGGGGCUGGCUGCCGCGCCC